UGUGUUUGCUGAAGAUUUAACAGAAACACCAGGCGGAAGAUGUUUCUGCUAUUUCUGCUCCUCAUGAACGUUUCCCAGCAUGCUCUGGCUGUGGAGGUAGAAGGAAAUACAGAGGCAGAGUCUGUCCAGCUGCCCUGUCAGCACUCAGGUUUUAUACCUGACGACAAUCCCACAGUGACGUGGACCCGCAAUGAUCUCGAUCCCACAACCGUCCACGUACGACGAGAAGAAGGAGAUGAUCUUAAAGGACAAAACCGGCGUUACAGUGGGCGCACGUCGAUGAGGCCUGAUGCUCUGGACUCUUUAGACUUCAGCCUCACUCUGAGAAAACCACAACUGACCGACAGCGGCAAAUAUAGCUGCACCCUCAGUGAUGGGAGGAAAGAACGGAGACUGACAGAUGUACAGCUGCAGGUCAAAGCUGACAGAGAGGAGGUGGAUUCAGGGGUGGGGUCUGUCCAGCUGCCCUGCAAAACCACACUUCAUCUGGCUGAAGAUGCAAAAGUGGAGUGGAUGGACAGUGGUGAUCAUAGGGUCCAUGUAUUUCAAGAUGGCCUGGACCAGCCAGUUGAACAGAGUAAGGAUUACAGAGGCCGAACAGAGAUGUAUGCAAACCUGGUGAAAACUGGAGACCUCAGUCUGUUCCUGGACCGCCCCACAGAGAAAGACACAAACAUCUACACCUGCACCGUCUACAGCAGGGAGGGAAACAUCCUGCUGAUGAAACAAGUGAAGCUCUAUGUCAGAGAAUACAAAUCCAACAACAUAACAAUAAUCACAGUGGCAUGCGUCAUUGUUGCGAUCAUCAUUUCUAUUCCUGUGGGCUUUCGCUUGGGUGUUCGCAAAUAUUGAUGGUAGAAGACGGCUAAAAAGAAGGCAGUGAAAGUGGAGAGGUCGGUCUUCAGGAGGCCACAGUGGAGUGAAGACAGUCACUACAAAUGUGUGAUGGUCCACGUGUGUCAGUGAAGCCUAAAGUAGACUGAUAAACCAGCCUGUUAGACUGAGAUCAAAGCAGUUUGUCCUUAAUACUGGAUCUCAUGCUGUCCACUGGCUGCUUUAUGCUUCCUACAGUCCAAAGACAUGUUUCUUGUCCUGCAGCAGCUGAGAUAAGUUCCUGAAGUUGGCAUGUUUACACUGCACUCAUGUCACAGUUUAGAUAAUCUCACUGUUUAACAUUUCUAUAUGAUGCUUAUUAUAAGGUUAGCUGCUGAACUGUGACCAGCUGAGAGCAUGUUUUUGGGAAUAUACAUAUUGGUUUGGUCGUGAGCCGCCUUUGUUGGUGGUACUUACUGGUUUAAACAGCUAACCAAUGAAAUCAGGUCCACAGAAGGAGCACGUGUGGGCCACAUUAAAGAAACACUUUACCCUGUAUCCUGGAGUAAUGAUGAUAAUAAUAUUAAAGGUGCUGUUUUUAUUUUUAUCUAAUUGGUUUUGUUUGAAAAGGGACCGUGUACGAUAUUAACACUCUGUAACAGAGUUAGCUUAGUGCUAAUUAGCAUCUACAUCAGCAUCCUUGCCAGGUUACGUGCACUUCUAGCAUGUAAAAUUUAACAAAGUAGAAUUUCCCUGCUCCCAGUGUUUGUGCUCUCCUGCAUUCCCACCUCCUCUGUCAGCUAUUCACAUGGUCACGUUAAACUAGCUAACUCUGGCUGUUUCUCAGUGUGUGUACUUGUGUUCUUGCCUUGGUCUUUGAAUAUAUGGUAGGAAUCCAAAGAUUAAGCAGCUCAAAAGAUGUUAGUCAAGCUUCACUCUGUGGUUUCAUACGUUCAGAUCGAUGUUUAAAGAAUUAGGAGUGUCACGGCCGAGCGUACAUCAGGAGAAUGAACGGCACAGGAGGCACGGAGAAUGAAAGGAACACACACUUUAUUUACAGUGAAGUAAUGUGAAAACACAACGGCUGAACUACACACAAGGUGCCUGAUGAUUUAAGAAUAGAAUAGAAUAAUCCUUUAAUUGUCCCACAAGGGGAAAUUUGGUUGUAACAGCAGCCAGAAAGACACAUAUACAAACAAACAGGACACAGGACACAGAACAGAAACAUACACAAUUUUUCUUACAUAUUUACAUUAAGGACAAUGAUUACUAUAUACAGAGAGUACUGUACUCAUUUAACCAAUGAGACUUGAC